GUCUCGCCCAGUCGUGGCGCCUGAACGCGACGCGAGUCGUAUUAUUAUCACAUAAGUUUCCACGUGAUGCGGUCGCGUUGAAACCCAGUCGAUUCGACGAUGUCGUCAUCAUUGUUCAUUGGUUACCGAACAAAUUCGUAAAAUUAAAGGUGAUAGUUUUACGACCCCGCAAAGCUUGUGCUUAUUAUAGUUGGUGUUAGCUUGUUUACUCAUAGUUGUUCUGUGCGCGACAUGUAACAGCAGUGACAAUUAAACAAUGAGCUCCUAUCAGUUCGUCAAUUCUUUGGCUCAGUGUUACGGACAACAGGGUCGUGGUGGUGACCCCGCACACCAGGCGGCCAGCCCGGGAGGUGAUUAUUACAACCCGAACGCUGCCGCGUCGAAUUAUCCACCCGCGUGUUACUCUCCUCCUCAAGUCGGACCUCAAUACCCGUCACAUCCUUAUGCCGCACCGGCCCCAGGUCACGGGCUCCAGCCUCUGGGCGAUUACACUCAGCUGCAGCCCCAACGAAUACCCGGUGCUGCCAAUUCUCAUUUACACCACGCUAGUCCUGGGGGACAAAGUCCCGGAAUGCUCAACCCGUCCGCGAGCUGCAAAUAUGCAGAUUCGACUUCUUCGACAGGAGUCGCGUCUCCACAGGAUUUGAGCACCAAUAACGCUCCGACUCGCAGCACACCCCCUUUAACUGGCAAUCAACCCGCGAACAGUAGUAACGCGACGAUUUCCUCGAAAACCGGUUUAACCUCCCCUUUAUCCGUGAGCACUUCUCCACCAGGAAAAGCGGCGGCCGCUUCGUCUACGGCUUCGCAAAAUCUGUCCUCGCCGGCGUCGAGCACGAGUUCGACUUCCAGCAACGAGAAAUCCAAUUCGAAUAACAAUAAUUCGAAGAGCGGCAACGGUUCUAACCCACCGCAGAUUUAUCCAUGGAUGAAACGAGUACAUCUUGGUCAAAGUACUGUAAACGCAAACGGAGAAACCAAACGACAAAGAACGUCCUACACGAGGUAUCAAACGCUCGAAUUAGAAAAAGAAUUUCAUUUCAAUCGGUAUCUCACGAGACGGAGAAGAAUAGAAAUAGCACACGCACUGUGUUUGACGGAGAGGCAAAUCAAAAUAUGGUUCCAAAACAGAAGGAUGAAAUGGAAAAAGGAACACAAGAUGGCCAAUUUCCACCUGGCAUCUCUACAAGAUGAAGGCUAUGCAUUCCACCAAGCAAUGGGGAUGGGAGGUAUGGGGCCUAUGCAACGUGGCCUUUAUGCCUGCGGGAGUCCGUACAGCUAGCCCUGGGCCACCUAUAACGGAGACUGCGGCCCUUCGUAGGUGCCUAUCGGAUCCUAGGACAGUCUCCGGCUUACGAUUAUACCGAUAAUCAGUUCAAAUAGAAAACAGCAGGUCCACUGAGGUUUUCAAUUUUUGGCUUGUCAUCAAUGGGUCACCAUGUUAUGUCUGCAGUGAUUUCAUAAGUUUCAGUUUCGCGGGUCUAUCUAGUGUUUACUUGUUCCAUAAGAAACACCGGAACUUUAGAAAAAUCCAUACAGUUUCAUGCCUCUGCCUCCAUUACCUGAAAAGCACCAACUGAAAAUGGGUGAAUAAUCGUAAGUUUCUGUUAACACUUUGUUCGUGCCAAUGAACUUUGAAAGUAAUUUGGUACCAUAUAGCUCGUACUUACUUUUCGCAAAAAUGCGCUGGUAUGUACUUUUUCAGUUUUUUACGAUCGAACAAACGUAUUGGUUUUGCUGGAUUAAUUUUUUGUUAUAAACAACAGUAAUCUGCGAUAUUUUACAUAUACGACUAUGUUCUAAAAUUUGUUUUUUGUUAAAUUUAUGUUGUUUUACUGUUCUAUAGAGACUGUAACAAAUUUUCUAUUGUUUUCGAUAAAACGUAGGUAUAUAAAAUGUACUUGGACUCAAAUUAAAUUAAAUGUGCAAUAUAAUUGUUGGGAGGGUUUUUGUUUAGAUACCGUUUUCCGAUUGGCGAUAUAGAUUCACGUGAAUAGACACUGAUUUGUGCUCACUUUUCUGUGUAAUUAAUUCUACAAAAAGAAAAAAACAAGUGUGAUUUCAUAGUUUAGGACCCUUUAAUGUAAAUACGUCGGUAGAAAAAAUUAUCACAAUUUUUUUUGUAAAUAUGGUCAUAAUUUAAAUUAUUAAGUUAGCUAAAGUACUUUAAAUUUAGAAAUAUACUCGACAGGUGUAUAUAAUAAUUGCUAGUAAUUAUUUUCGAAGAUGUAUACAUACAAGUUGUUUUGCGCAAAGAAAAUAUUGCAUUUCAUAUAUCGUUGCAGCUAAAACCUUAAAAAGUCGUAUCUACAUUACAAAUUAAAAAAAAAAGAUUAAAACGACUUGUAUGUAUAAUUAAUUUAAAAAUUAUUCGUUUCAAAAAUGAGGUAAUAUCCGCAGUAUUUUUAUUCAAUUCUCGCCGUACUGAACAAAAAAAACUAUCAAAAACGAUUUGUAAAAUUGUAUCAUAGUGUGUAUAUUAUUUUUAGCUCAAUAUGUUUACAAAUUUUAUUUCUUUUUAUUAUUUAUGUAAUUUGUAAUAACUUGUGUGACGGACGAUACACGUUAGAUGGGUACGUUCUACUAAUAGUUACUGUUGUAAUU